CACGAAACUCCCCCCACUACCACCUAUGUGGUGAUCAAUCAGGUUGAAGGAAAUUGGAACAUUUCCAUUAACAAUAGUGAAUUAUAAAUCAACAUUUGCAAACUGACUACCUGAUCGAUAUCGAGUCAGUAUCGCUUUAGCUGCCGCGUCCAACAUGUCGCAGGCACACGUGGUACAUGUGGAGCAGCCCUCCUAUGUGGAGAACUCCCUGACGAUAUACCUAGUUGGAAUAGGAGCUCUUCUAGUCCUUUACCAUUUCUGGUUCCAAAGCUUGCGAUAUGUGCGACUGGGAAACAAAAUGCCAGGACCUUUUGCAAUACCCAUAUUGGGCAAUGCCUAUCUCGCACUAGGCAGGUCUCCAACAGAUAUGUUCACGUUCUGUUAUGGAACGUACAAGAAACUGAAGAGUGACGUCGUCAGGGUGUGGCUGGGACCAAAGCUUGUUGUUUGCCUGUGCGCCCCGGAAGAUAUCGAGAUUAUUUUGGGAAGUCACGUACAUCUGGAAAAGUCGCCGGAGUACAGGUUGUUCGAGCCAUGGCUUGGAGAUGGGCUUUUGAUCAGCAAAGGAGACAAAUGGAGAUCUCACAGAAAAAUGAUCGCGCCGACGUUCCACACGGCCAUUCUCAAGUCGUUUGUUCCAGUGUUCAACAAAAACGCCAUCAACCUAAUCAAUCAGUUCAAGAAGCAUUUGGGUGAAGAAUUUGACGUUCACGACUAUAUGAGCGCCGCGACUGUUGACACUCUUUUAGAAACUGCGAUGGGUGUUAGAAAAACCGAAGAAGAUAACACAGGCUUUGACUACGCAAUGGCUGUUAUGAACAUGUGCAACAUCCUCCAUUUAAGGCACUACAAGCUUUGGCUCAGACCCGAUUUUCUUUUUAAGCUUACUAAGAUGGCCAGCGAACAAGUAUCUUUACUCAAUCUUAUCCACACUUUAACCAGACAGGUCAUUAAAAGGAAAAAGGCUAACUUCUUCACUAGGCAGAACAAGGGAGAAGUAAGUCUGUACGAGCAAGCUGUAAGCAGUAGCAAGUACAACGAAAAUCAAGGUUUGCUUGAAGAAAAUAUAAUGACCAACUAUAUCAGAGACGACUUGGAUGAGAAUGACGAAAACGAUGUUGGCGAGAAGAAACGAUUGGCGUUUUUAGACUUCAUGAUUGAAGCAAGUCAACAGAAAGGAAACGCGCUGUCAGACGAAGAGAUCAAGGAAGAAGUAGAUACGAUCAUGUUUGAGGGACACGAUACAACAGCGGCCGCGUCUAGUUUCGUUCUGUGCUUGUUAGGCAUCCAUCAAGAUAUCCAAGACAAAGUGUACACCGAAUUGAAGGAGAUUUUCCAAGACGACAUGAACAGGCCGAUCACCUUUUCAGAUACGUUGCAAAUGAAGUAUUUGGAGAGGGUGAUCAUGGAAGCACUCAGGUUGUACCCGCCAGUACCGAUUAUUGCCAGGAAGGUCAAUGAGGAUGUUAAGCUAGCUUCUGGAGACUAUACAAUUCCCGCUGGUACAACCAUAGUAAUAGGACAGUUCAUUGUACACAGGAAUGAGAAGUACUAUCCAAAUCCUCUGAAGUUCGAUCCUGACAAUUUCUUGCCUGAGAGGUGUCAAGACAGACCGUACUAUGCUUACAUACCUUUCAGCGCCGGUCCAAGGAGUUGUGUAGGGAGGAAAUAUGCGAUGCUGAAACUGAAAGUCCUGCUAGCAGGAGCCUUACGCAAAUUCAGAAUGAUUUCAACCGACAGGGAGGAGAAUUUCAAGUUACAAGCGGACAUCAUCUUAAAACGAGGAGACGGAUUCAAAAUUAAAGUCGAAGAAAGAGCUCACUAAACAUUGUAUAUUAUGUAUAGCUAAUAUAAUUUAUAUUAUAUUUAAGUUUUGUGAUAGUUUUACUUAACUACGUACUGUUUGGUUCUACAGUAUGUUUGUACCUUAGAUUACAAAAUAAAGCAAAGUUUCGU